GCUGGUGAUCGCUGGUUUAGUGUCAGCUGACGAGUGAAGGAGCCUCAGUGAAGCUGAGACGGCCUGAAGCGGAGCUUAUCAGGGGAAAUGGUGGCGUUUUGGGGAUGAUUUUGAGCAAAGAUCAUGGAAGGACUCAUAUCCAGCACCGAGUCAGCAGCAUCUGAGUCUUCCUCUGCGUUUGAGCUGCUGAUUCUCCACACCGAGGAGGCCCAGGAGUGGGCUGCGUACUUGCAGCAGAUCUUGAAUUCCUCCAAACAGUUCCAGAAAAACUCGGUUCUGCUCUACGCCGUGAGCUCAGCCGACCAGCUCCAUGGAUAUAACUUCAAGGAUUUCCAGUGCUUCAAGUGCAUAGUGGUGAUCCUGACAGGAUUGUUCCUGGACAUUCUCUGUGACCAGGAGCUGCAUGAAGCGCUCCAGAGACUCCUUUAUCCUCCACACAAAGUGGUGGCGCUGCUCUGCGGCGUUUCAGAGGACAGCUUGUCUGCAGGGUGCUUUGCAGACUGGCAAAGCUGGAGAAAACUGCAUGCUGAUGAUGAGCCCGCCAUUUAUGUUUCUACCGUGUUGGAAUCCAUCGCUGACAGCAGACGAGCGGAAGUCAUAUUGCAGAACGAAACUCCUGCAGCAGAGUUGAACGUCACAGAAGCUUCUCCUGUCUGCUCUGAAAAUCCCACGGUGGCUGAAAGUGAAGAGGAGGCCCCGGAGGAGCAGACUGAAACGUUCCUAAAGGAGGAAGAGCAAGACAGCAGGGAGAAUUCAACAAGUGAAACCAUCAGCUCAGAGACACAGCUCACAUGUCUGUGUGUUCAGCCCAACAGAGUCCGGUGUGGGGAUCAAGAGACGCUUUAUAUCAUUUUUAAAAGCAGAAUUGGUUCUGGUUCUGAUCUGGAAGUAGAGUUCUCAACUGAAGACUCAGAUUCUUCUAAAAGGGUUCUGGCCUCUUUGGAGAAUGAAUUCACCAUAAGUGUCCCUGCACCAGAAAUGCCUGCUGGAGUGACUUUGCUCACUUUGCACGCUGAUGGCUCAGAUGUCAGCCUGAGCCCGGUCACAUAUUACACCAGCAUGGGAGAAGUUAGUCGCUAUCUUACAGAGGUUGCCGAUCCUGUGAACUUUAUCUGCCAGGCCUUUGAUUGGACCUGCAAUUCAACUGAAUCAGUGGAUACUUUACUGACAGACUCGUUAAAAUCCAAAAUGCCAGCAUCCGGGCUGCAGCUUUUUGGAGUCAAACAGAUCGAAGAAGAAAACAUGUCAGCGUAUCAACGCGAUGAAGAGCUUCCCACUUUGCUCCACUUUUCUGCUAAAUACGGUUUGAAGAAGCUCACCAGUAUUCUGCUUCGCUGCCCUGGGGCUCUGCAGGCCUACAGCGUGAUGAACAAACAUGGAGACUACCCAAACAAACUAGCAGAGAAGAGCGGCUUCCAAGAUCUCAGACAAUUCAUGGAUGAAUUCGUUGAGACAGCAGACAUGCUCCAGUCUCACAUAAUAGAAACCUUGGAUGAAGACGUAGAGAUAUACGAGCCCAUGACGAAUUCUUCUCAAGAUAUGAUGAUUAAGUUAUCUGUUUGCUCUGAGGAUAUUUAUGAGUCGAUGCUCGACAUUGACCCAAAUUGUGCAGAAGACUUAUAUGAGGUGAUGACUGCCGUUGAUGAGAAUCCUGAAGAGGCCAUGCUCAGGAAGUUUUUCGAAGCUAAACCUCAAGCUGCUGAGGAGCCAGUCAACCAUCACAGGACGGAGGACCAUGAACCCAACGAACGCAACAACUUUGAUGAAGUCGAGGAGGAGGAGGAUCCGUACAACAUCUGUCGGGAGGAUAUUUAUGAUACGGUGGACAUAGUCAGCACUUAUACUCCAGCAGUGGUGAACCGCCCCCCGGCCCCCAUCCCCAGACCACAGGCUGAGCGGGAACCUGAAAGACCUGAAAGACCUGCCACCUACAUCUCCAAAGUAUUUUCAGAUCGAAGGACAUCCCAGGUAAAUACCAUGGGGAGUGAAUAUCCUGCAGCUCGACCCGUGAGCGAAGCUCCAUCAUCUACAUAUGAUCCCUAUGGUGGAAUGAAGACCCCUGGGCAGAGGCAGCUCAUAUCCCUACAGGAGAGGGUCAAAGUCGGGGAGAUAACGGUGGAUGAGGCCGUCCAGGAGUUCAAAGCUUGGCAGUUGGACCACGAGCGCAGGGCCAACUCUCUGCGCUAUCAGCAGGAUAAUCUGAGGAAAUUACGAGAAAGCAUUACGAGAAGACACAAAGAGAGGGAAAAGUCGGUAGGAGAAAGAGAAUAUGAAAUAACGGCUCCACUGCAGAGGAAUCUGUACUGGCAGUCUAACAUGACGAUAGAGUGCGACGUGUAUGAGCCGACACCCAGAGUGAGCGCCCCGCCCCCACCUGCAGUUCAUCCAAUCAAAAGAAGCAGCUGGAAGACAGGAAGUACAUCCAGCACAUCUAGCACUGAGAGCAACAGGCUCAGCACCCACAGCAACUUCAGCCUGAGCAGCGGGACGGAGCAGGAGUUUGAGGACGCUGUAGAAAUUCUGCCUCCUCCACCACGACCUCCACGACCUUCCGACCCGUUGCCCAGCAUCCCUCCACCCAGGAUUCCUCCACGGAUCCCAGAAAGGGUGCCAGAGAAGGUGAAUGAGCGCUACAUAUCCUGCCCGUCACGAGCUCUUCCCCAGAGACCCGCUCCCAGACAAACAGAAUUUGCGCCUCCCAUUCCCCGCCGCCUGCGGUGAUGAUAACCGCUCCUGUCCCGUCAUAGUCGACCUACCAGUACUGUACAUGUUUCAGGGUGGUUUGUGCUUCUGUCUGCCAUCUGGAUUUAACAGUUUGUCUGCCUUAGACAUUGAUUUCCUCUCCAGGACUCCACUCGAAUUUAUUGAGGAUUUGAUUUGCAUAGAGGAAUGUGAUAUGAUGUUUCCUUUGAGUUUAUGGAAAACAAAAACCUUUGAUCUGAUUAGAGUAAACAUCGAGAUAUCUGGUAAAAUGUAUAAUUAAUGUUAAAAAGAAGGUGUAUUGUAUUCCAGCAAAGAUUGUGUGUAUUUUAGGAUAUAAGGUGUUUUAGUGUUGAUAGUCUAGAAAAAAAUGUUUUACUAAUUAUGUUUUUCUGUUUGUUUUUGUUUACUUGACAUUAUACUGAAUGUAAAUGAAGGAGUUCUGAAUUAUACGCUUGAGGUUUAGGGUCACAUUUGAUGUAAACUGUGAACAGUUUGAAAAACAAACAGAAAUCUAUUCUUAUAUUUACAGCAAAUACAGAAUCAUUCAUUUUCUUUUUUUCUCUGUAAAUCGAUGAUACGUAUCAGAUUUCUACUGAUUUCAUUACAGAAAUGCUGUUAUGUUCAUGUUCUGGCUGACACAGUACAGAUAUUUAAUUUAUUGAGUUGCUCCUGUAUAUCUUUCCCUCAAAACGGCGGAAGGUCAAGCUAUUUUUAUAUUCCUUUUCACCUACAUAUCUGCUAUUUUAAGGGACACUGGUUAUGGAUUUUAUUGCACAUUUGCAUUAUAGUGAAUUAAAACUCCUGGAUGGAUAACAGACUUAUGAAGGAAUCCUACGAUUGUCUCCCGGUCUGUUCUAUAAACACCAUCUGACAGUUUGGUGUUAUUGUUCAAUAUUUUUGCGGGUUUUAAUCUUAAGCAUAUUAUCCAUGAGUCUGAUAUGAAUACAGUCCAAACCCAGAACCAAUAAAAGCUUCUUUUACAGACAUGUCUGUAUAUCAUGUAUCAAUAAAGGUUGAAUAUU